CGGGGACGCGCGGGCAGGAGGUGCGGGAGCCCCGCCAGCGCAGGAAGCCGCCGCGGCGAGGGAGGAGGGAGGAGGCGGAGCUGCGCCGCUCGGCCCGAGAUAUCUAGAGCCCAUGGCAGGAAGAUAGGAGAGUGCGGGGUUGCUGUGUUCUAGGUAUCUGCUCCUUUCUUUUCUCAAGGUGGCUGGAAGGCUGUGUCUGCAGUGAUUUUUGGAUUGAAAACAAUGGGUAGAAAAGAUGCCUCUACAUCAAGGACUCCUGUUGACCAGUACAGGAAACAAAUAGGGAAACAAGAUUAUAAGAAAACCAGGCCUAUGUUAAGAGCUACAAGAUUAAAAGCAGAGGCCAAGAAAACUGCACUAGGCGUGAAGGAAGUUGCCCUUGUCCUUGCAGCUAUACUGGUAUUUCUGUUGGCUUUCUAUGCUUUUUUUUAUCUUAAUGUUUCCAAUGAAGUUGACCUUGAUCUGGAUCCAGAUGAAAACUAGCAGAUGCAAUGAAUUUAUCAUCAAGAUCUCUUCAGCUUCAACAAGGCUACAUAGGAACUUCAGUACACAGUCCCUUCACUAUAGGACAGUCAACAAUGCCAUUUCUUGCAGUCUGAAUUCAUAAGGAAGUCUUGCAAUAUGUCAGUCACAUUCCAGGUUUCCAAAAUAAGAACACUUAUGCCUGGCCAAGUGUGUUUGUUUAACACCAAAGCCAGGAGGAACAGUACAAUACAUGAAGUUUAUUGUUUACGUUAUUUUUUUCUCAGGCAAGGUACUUUGAUGAGAAAAGACAGGUGCUACUAUUAUUAUGGGUAGUGAUGCUGAUUUCACAGGAGGAGCAUCUGCCUUGACCAAAUUUAGGAAUCAGAGCUUCCUAAUAACCAAAUUAGUUUCCUGUUCCUUUCUGAAAAGAAAGCAGAAAUACCAAAUAAAACAUCUUUUCUUCAUUUGUGUUUAAAAUCUAUCAAAACCCCCUCAUCCUUUCUCUCCCUUUUAAUCCUUCCUAUGCAUGUGUGCACAUGCAUGAAGAUGGAAGAGAUUGUAGGAAAAAAUACCUUCUUACAAGCAGUCUGUCACCUUCUAUAUGGACUUAAUUUUCUGUCAUUCCAGAUUCUGUGUGCCCAUAUAUCUGCAGUAAUCUUUUUCAUUCUUUUGCCAACUGUUCAGCACACAUGUGUUCUGUUAGAAAUGGCACCUGGAUGACAGAAGCUCUAACAUUCACAUAUGCUUCUGAAACAUAGUUCUUUGCCUCCUGUGCUGUCUGAACUAGUGUAAAUAGAAAGUUUAGUCAAUGUUGGUUUUAAUUAGUGUAUUGGUCUACUAUUAAUAUAAAGUCAAAAUUGUAUUUUAAUUAUGCUUAUCCUGAUGGUUUUGGUAUCAACUUGCUCUACCUGUUAGGGGCAUGUUGUAUACAAACAUUCCUUUCGAGCUAUACAGUCAUUUUAAUAAUCAAACUUAUGUGAGAGGCAGUAAGUAAUAAGAAAACACUUUUUUUUCCCUGGCAUACUAAUAACUGGUAAAUCUUGGCUCCGUACAUCCUUCAGUUCUUGCAAAGUGCCUUUCAAAUUAGGCACUGUAGAUAGCAUUUUUGCUCUCUUUGAUAGCCAAAAGCCACUUGAAGAAUUUGGUGUGUCAGAGCAGCUGCAGGGAGCUUUAAAAUUCUGGCUUUAUCCUGUUCUGCUUUGAGUUUGGCAUAUAACUGAGCUUGUGAAUGUAGAGACUCAGUUUUGAUCUUCAAAAUGUGGUCAGUUCUUCUCUGACUGAGGUUCAGUUCCGAUUCAGUUUGAUAUCAAGAACACGCAGAGCCAUAGGCACAGAAUGUGGCAGAAAAGUUUUUGUAAUUCUAAAGUUAGUGAGCUAGCUUGGUUUUGCCUUUGACAUAAAUUUCAGAACUGAAUGUUAGGUUUAAUUGCAACUGAGGUAUUUACUGUCUUGUUCCUGAGAUGCCUGACUGAGAUUUCUUAUAGUGAUUUUGAAGACAAAGGGAUACAAAUCACAGAAAAUAUUAUAAUGGGAAAUAUAUUUCUUUUAAAUUGACACAGUCCCAUUAUCACCACUUAAGAAACCUGGAUCAAUACAGUUAAUUUUUAAAACAUACAGUAACUAUGACCAUAUACAUUAUGAGUCUCUAAGGAUCCACUUCAUAUGUGUCAUAGUCUUCAUUCACUUCAUGCCAUGCGAAACAACUCCCCUAGAAAUUCAGAGUACAACAGUCUUCCAAAAAUGUAUGAAAGAGAAACAUAUAUAUGCAAAUAUAUCUCAUUUUCUAAUUAUGACUGUUACAGACAAAUCCUAACAUUUAUUCAUGCAUAUGACUUAUGGUCCACUACUAGUCAUGCACAUGACCAAACACCUCACGACGUGUUGAAUUUAUGGUGAAGCAUUAUCUGACACAUGGCCCAACUUGCAGUGGAGGGAAAAGCCUAUCAGAAGCUGUCUGCUUGGAGGUGAUAUGCCUUUUAUUCACCAGCACUCAACCACGUCACAGAAGCUGCAGACCUCUCCUGUUAUUUUACAUUAGCAGUUUCCAUGUUCUAUAACAUGCUGGAAGGAUUGCUUCCCUAAUGUCAGCAUGUAGCUCUCUGGAUCAUGUCUGGUCUGAGAAAGAUGUGUAGUUGCUCCCUUCAUUCAGGUCAUCUCAUAACCUGCUCUCUCAAUUGGUUGCAUUAAAAAGCAAGAAAUUCUUACCGUCAGAUUCAUGAACAUGAAGUUCCUAGACAGGAAUAUUUGAUUUCCCAUAACUACGAAUCAGACCAAAUCUGAAAUGCAUAUAUAUAUGUGAUUCUGUCAGCUUCCCUGAUGUGUGGCUUAUGAGUCCAUAUUGCCCACAGUUUGCAGUUUGUCUAUUGGCUUUGUUUGGAUUAGGUCUUCUCAUUUGCAUGAAAGAUCAUAGAAUCAUGAAAUCAUUUUGGGUUAGAAUGGAUGUAAAAGAUCAUCUAGUUCCGAAACCUCUCUGCCAUGGGCAGAGACACUUUCUACUAGAGCACACUGUACAAAACCCUGUCCUGGGCUCAAACACCUGCAGGGAUGGGGCAUCUGCAGCUUCCCUGGGUAGCCUGUUCCAGUGCCUCACCACCCUCAGAAUAAAGAAUGUUUUCUUGAUGUCUAAUCUGAACUUACUCCCUUUUGGUAUGAAUCAACUCCCUUUUGUGCUGUCAUUACAUGCUCUUGUAUAAAGUCCAUCUUCUUUUUUGUAGACUCCCUUCAGCUGCUGGAAAGACAUUCUCAUGUAACAGGAAAGUUUCUUUUUGCUUAGACUGGGUAGAUUUCUGUUCAGUGUAUGUAGCAAUAUAUGGUAAAUAUUGCAGCAAAUACACUUCUUAUCAGUACAAUAAUUCUUAAUGGGACAUGUGGCUUAUUUUGCCCUUAAUUAUAUCUGAGAUUGAAAUAUGCCUUUUGGAUUUUGGACUAUCUGUAUGAGUUCCUCGGUGUCUAUUUUAUUAAUAAAUGUUUUUUUUCUAUUUCGGUUCUCUUAUUAAUGUUGAACACAUUGAAUUAUGUAUACAUUUGAAAGGACAUUAAAGCAAUCUAAACAGCACAAUGUUCAAAAGUAAGCCCUGGUAUCUGUUUUAGAAUAUCUGGAUUACCUUUAGGCAGUUCUAGCCACUAAACUCACACUAAAACUAAAUGUGGCCUAUGAAUACUUAAAAGACAAUGUGGAGAACUUCCUUUGGCAUCCUACCCAAUACUAAUAAAUCAGAUCUCUUUCUGGAGU